CACAAGAUGGAGGAUUUCCCUUGAGUGGACGAAAAUUACUCGUGAUUUAGAGUAAACAAAAACUAGAGGGAAAUAAUAGUUCCACUUGCGUUUUCAUUGUUUAGAAUAAGAUAAAUCCGUUAAUGAUAUCAUAGGUAGUUAUGUAGCAGAGGGAAAAAAGUGUUCAGCUGAAACAUUGGCAGGAAUAUUCCUCUACUUUAGUUUCCGAAAACGGAAGUUUGAAAGAAAGAUAAAAAAGAAUGGAUGACCCGUUAGGAGCUCGUUCAGACUGUGUGGAGCUUGAUGAAUUGACAAGAUGGAACUUAACACAGCUGCCAAUGACGUCAGAGGAAGAUAAAGAUGCUGAAAUAUCCCCGUUUCCUUGGAAUAAUAAUUUAAACUCCAAAAUUAUUCUGUGGUGUGGUGAUAUUACUCGCCUUGUGGUGCAUGGAAUUGUUAACCUGACUAACGAAAGAUUGGAUGCCAAACUCCCAGAAACAGAAACUAUUUAUAGGAAAGGUGGACCCGAUUUAGUGGCGGAAAUAAGAAACAAUGUCAGAAUAUGUAAGACAGGGGAGGCCAAGACUACCAAAGGACACAAACUGCCAGCGCGAUUUGUGAUCCACACGGUGGGACCCAGAUAUAACAUCAAAUACAUCACCGCGGCCGAGAGUGCUCUGUUCAGCUGCUACAGGAGUGUUCUCAGGCAGGUCAGAGAGCACCAGAUGAAAUCUGUGGCCGUUCCCUGUCUUCACUCCAUAAGACGAGGCUAUCCUACAGAAGACGGGGCCCACAUUGCCAUAAGAACGAUUCGGAGAUUCCUGGAGAAAUUUGGAGAGGAUGUUGACACAGUGGUAUUUGUUUGUAAUGAGGACACAUUGGAUACUUACAUGAAGGUCCUGCCGCUGUAUUUCCCCCGCAGCUGUAAAGAGGAAGUGGAGGCAAUUAAAUGUCUACCGGAGGACAUCGGUAAUGAAGACGGGGAACCAAUUAUCCCAGAACGACAAAUCAGAAUAAUGGACAAACCCAUGCUGGCCUCCAUCAGAAGCAGUCAGGGUCUGGAGGAACUAGAGGAGACAGUAGAUUUAAACAAGGAGUUUGGAACAUCAACAGUGGUGGAGGUGGGUCGCCAUCCAUUCGCUCAGAUGCAGAGUGAUCCUGAUGAAGUGAAAAUGUCUCACCUGACUGGUCACUCAACAGCAGAACAGAGGCGACUAGAAAAUAAACGAAGGUAUGAGAGACUACUGAAGAGAUCCAAGAUGGAUGACCUGACUGACAUAGCAGCCUUGAAGUGUAUCUACAGGUCAGGGGUGGACCGAUUUGGCCGACCUGUCGUCAUCCUAGUGGGGAAACAUUUCCCAGCCAACUCAAUAAAUAUGGAGAGGGCUUUACUGUACUUGAUUCGUGUGAUGGAACCUAUCGUUGAGUCGGACUACGUCGUCGUAUAUUUCCACACUCAGACAACAGCUAUCAAUCAUCCAGACAUGUCGUUCCUAAAACAGAUUUACUGUAUCCUAGACAACAAGUACAGGAAAAAUAUGAAAUCUUUUUACGUCAUCCAUCCCACUUGGUGGUCAAAGUUGGCGACUUGGUUUUUUACGACAUUCACCGCGUCAGACAUAAAGAAUAAGGUGAUCAGUAUGCGGGGUAUACAGUAUUUGUACGGCACAAUCUUCCCAGACCAGCUGGACAUUCCACCAUUUGUCAUCAACUACGACAUUGAGGCAUGUGUUCGACUUCAAACCGAUCGAGAAUUUGUGACAGUUGGAUGGUAUGUGGAUACAGAGGGUCAGCGCAUGCGUCUAGAUAGUUAUGGCAUACCAAAAGAAAAUAUGUACACCCACGAAAGUGGGGAUCGCCUGUCGUUUGAGUACGCCUGUGAACCUAUAGGGGAGCCCUUGUAUGUCUAUAUCUACCACUUUGGAAUCGGCAAACAGAUUAAUCUGAUGCCGUCACCGACUCCUCCAUACAAACAGUGCACCGUCUAUAACAUUACCAACUCGUUCCCUCCAAGUCCCUUACUUCCCCAUGUUAAUUUCAUAGAGAGAGCACGUGACAAUGUGACUGUGUACGACCAUUGGCGCUCCGAGUACUUCCUGUUUACAAUGGACUACUUCUUUCACGUGGUCAAUGGUCUUCCGUAUAAGAUGUUCGUGAACGCCGAAGCUAACGAGUUUUUAUCUUUUGAGGUGGGGGAACAACAAGACGACGUUUUUCUACCUCCAAAAAACGUUCCAUGUUACUAUGGGACUGGUUCUAAAUGAAAAAAAAAAAUUUUGUCAAAUAA